UGGUAACCAUCAAGCUGCAAAGCCCCAAGCUUUGUCACUCUUUCGAUCGCUCUUUUGCACACUCUUUUGUCUACUCUUUUAUUUUUAUCCGAUAGCCAUGCGGGCACUCGCGGCUCUUUCGCUCUAUGUAGCACCUUUGGUACUGGGCGCGCAGCUGCCAAAUCCACAGUAUCGUGACGUUUUCCGGGCCAUCAAACGAGGGGAAGAGGCUGCAGGUCAAUGUACUGUUCGAACAGUCACUUACAUAGCUGUCUACGAUCCUUCAACAACUGCUAUAGACCCGUACGAGACAGGCGGCUACAACGCUGCACCCCUUCCGGGCCACGAGACCGAUUAUCCCGGCGGAUUGUAUCCGGUAUCAAGCCACAACGCAUACCCAAAUCCAGAAGAGCCCUGUGUGACUUACACCACUCUCCGACCUGUUACUCGAACAACCACGCUCACUACCACAACGGCUAUCCCUACGACCAUCAUCCUUAAUACUACAGACACCGUCACUUCGCUCGUUACCUCCACCUUUACCACCGUUUCCACUUUUACAACCAGUGUGCUUGAAACUUUGACCGCCACUGUCACGUCAACUGCAACCACCUCGUCCAUUUUCACCACUACUGCCGCCACCUCAUUCAAUAUCUUGAGUGUUCGCCUCGCAGCCACGGCGACUGCAGCCCCCGUUCGCCGAGAAUUGUCUUCCCGCCAUAAACGUCAAAUUGAUGGUAUUCCGCAGGGGUUCUUGGGAUCAGCCCUCAAUCCAAAUCCCAAUGUCUGCAGCAAUGCAGUCCUUGUCGAGUUUCUGAAUGGAGAGUUAUUUGCUGCCGGUCAAUCGAUAUCCACUGAUCUAAAUGUUCCAUUCCUCGAUCUGACCAGGCCGGUGGAGGGCUCCAUCACCACUUCCUUUUCCAUCGGAAGCGAUAUACUCGUGUGGGCGAACGCAGCAUUCUUUGGUGGAUUCGCUCGCUUCUGCCAGGUUCAAAAUGGAACUGUGUACGCCCUUUUUACUGAGCUAGAUGCUCCCGCAGCCUGUAUUCCUGCCGACCUGGUGGUUUAUUCUGGUGAGUUUUUAUGCUUCCGACAUGGACAAUAGUUUCUGACCCGUAGAAAAUAGCUGGUCAAUGCCGAAAUGGUACCCUAAUUGGGGCCGGCCCAACUUCUAUAACAGUGCCGACGUCUAUCUCUUCGUCUCUGUCAUCGAUCUCAGGGACGUCGACCACAACCUCCGAAACUAGCUCUACUACUGAAUCAUCGACCUCUGAGACAGCAACCACGUCCUCUGAAAGCAGCUCUACCACUGAAUCAUCGUCCUCGGUAACAGCAACCACAUCCUCUGAGAGCAGCUCUACUACCGAAUCAUCGACGUCAGGAACCUCGUCCACAAGCUCUGGAACCAGCUCCACCACAUCUACUCUUCCCCUUCAGACUUUCUCCAUCUUUGCUGGUGACAGUGGCACUGAUGCCGAUGGGAACCAGCUUCAGCCCGGAUCCCAACCAAUUGGAACAGGUGGCUUCUCAGCUAUUUUUGGAA